AAUUAAAUGUAUUGAGCUAAUUAAAGCAUAUAUGAAUAGUGUUAAAUAAAAGUUACAGUGUAUUUUGCAAAAUCUCCGUAAAUCGUUGCGUUAUUAUGUGAUAUUCGUGCGGAUGGAUUAAGAGUGGAACUGUUGGUAGGGGGUCAAAAAGGAAAUGUAGGAAUCAAAAAGGAAUAAUAUGUAUAGUUUUUUCCGUGCUCCAAGUGUGAAAAAGUGAAACAAAAUCGCGGAUACAAAAAUUUUGUGAUGUAUUCCAAGGCGUCUUAUAUAAGCAUAAUUGUAUAUUGAAUAAAUUAAAAGAAACUAACUAAAAGCUGAAAGAGAAUUGUAUCUGAAAUACUAUAGAGAUUUAUGUUAAUUAACGUCAUCGUGGCAAAAAUUUAUAGAUAAAUAGUUAAUAAACAAAACAAAAUGAAGCGACGCAAUGCCGAUUGUGGCAAACUUCGACGACCGAUAAAACGUAACAAAAUCACUGAGGGCAUGUAUGGCAGCACAACUGUUUUGUACAUGAAAUUCCUUGUACUUUGGGCAAUUGUCAUAACAGCCGAUUUUAUGUUUAUGUUCCGUUUUGAGUUCUUAUGGCCUUUUUGGCUACUGGUACGCUCCGUGCAUGAUUCAUUCAAAUAUAAAGGAUUGGCAUUUUCCGUAUUGUUCGUUUGCAUAGCAAUUACAUCAGACUUGGUAUGUCUUUUCUUUAUACCAGUACAUUGGCUACUAUUUGCGGCAAGCACAUAUGUCUGGGUGCAAUAUGUUUGGCAUACGGACAAAGGCAUAUGCUUACCAACAAUAAUACUUUGGAUGCUUUUUGUGUAUCUAGAAGCUGGCAUCAGGUGGAAAGACAGUCGACAUAUGCCACAUUUAGAUUUGUGUCGACCUUUUGCAGCACAUUGUAUUGGUUACCCAGUUGUAACGUUAGGAUUUGGCUUUAAAAGCUAUGUGGGCUACCGUAUGCGACAGCGAAAGCAGCGUGAAGUAGCGAAAGAAAAUGAAUUUUAUAUGCAACUAUUGCAGCAGGCACUACCACAAGAAGAGACACCAGAUGAUACACAACAAAUAACUGCAGUGACUAGUGCAACAAUAGUAACAGUAACAGCCAACACAGCUCAAAGUGUACAGAAUUCUUCCCACUCUAAUGCGACGACACAUGUUGCGAUUGCAGCUACUGCAACAGUAGUAGCAGCAGCAGUCACAACCACAACAACAACGUCGAAUGCCAUUAUCUCAGCGAAUGGUAUAUUGGCAGCACAAGCACAAAAUCAUCAUAAUCAUCAUAGUCAAACAAAUGAUAAUCAUACGCAUCAUAACAGUAGCAGCAGUGGCAGCAGUAGUAACAGCAUAAACAACAAUACCAUAAGUAGUAUUUUAAAUACAACUACCACAACAACAUCUACAGCAACAUCAGGGAGUGCGAAUAAUAGUACUUCAACAUCAAAUAGUAGUGAUGAUAAGAGCUAUGUGCAAAUUAGCGGAGGUGGCGGUGGUAAUGCUUCUAAUUCUACUGCAUCGCUUACGCAUCAGCAUAAUCAACAACAUAACCAUCAAAAUAGUAAUCAUCACCAUAACAAUAGUAAUUUACACUCGAAUCAUAUUGCACAUCAAACUCACAACCAUCAUCAUCAGAGUAGUAAUAAUAAUUCGAAAAAUGCUCAAAGCAAUUCGACAUCAAAUGGUUAUAUUGGAGCUAACUCCAAAAGCCACCGUCGCAGUGUUGAUAAAGAUAAAAAUAGAGGAAGCGCUAUUGGUGAUAAUGAAUCAAAGCACAACAAAUCCAGUAACUAUCAGCAAUAUAAUUCUGAUAAUUCUAAUAAUAGCAAUAGCAAUAACAACAACAAUAACAAUAAGGACAAAACAGACAGUGAAAGCAACAACUAUCAAGUUAACCAAACGCAUCAACAUAAUUCUAAAGAAAAAAGUGAUGAACAUCGUUUGGGUUCGCAUAGCAGUUCCUUAAAGAAAGCUAAUUCACAAAAUGCGUUCGGCAAUACAACGCCAGUUGUGGCCAACGGUAAUAUAUCACAAUAUGAUAUGGAUGAUGUUAUAGUAGUGGAACCAGUUGAAAAAACUAAAGGACGCCGAAAUCGCUCUAAAAAAGACAAUGCUUCCAAGGACAAUCAUCAUCAACAUCAUAAUAAUAAUAAUAAUAAUAGUUAUAAUAGUAAUUCAACUUCAAAUCAUUUACAUACACAACAACAGCAAAACAAGGAUGUUAACUCUCAUAAUAAUAAUAAUAAUAACAACAAUAGCAGUAAUAAUAAUAACAACAAUAGCAACACUAAUAACAAUAAUAACAAUUCAGAUGCAUCAUCGGUCUCAUCAUCUAGUUCCACUUCAUCAUCAUCAUCAGCAUCAUUAACUAUUUCGAAUAUAGCCUCUAAGGUGGUGUCGAAAAUUUGCGAAUCAUGUCUCAAACUCGAGGCAGACAUCAAAAAAUGUCGUUCAGAAAUUAGCCAUCAAAAGCAAAUCGAGAACGAAUUGCGUCAGAAACUUGAAUCAAAUCUCACAACAAAAUCCUGUUUGCAGGCCAAACAAAAGGAUUGCGAUGAACUGGAAAAACGUAUCAAUGAAUUGACUAGUGCUCGUCAUGCUGAUACGUUACAAUUACAAACUGCUGAACGUCGUUUGAAUGAUGAACGACGACAGAAGCAAUCUCUCGAAGCUCAAUUGAACAAUGAGAAAAAGGCACGAAAGUUGGCUGAGGAAAAAGCUGCUAGGCCAGAAUGCAGUGCCCAAUGUAAGCAGCGUAAACAGCAAAUGGAUGAAGAAAUUAAACAGCUGCGGCGUGAUGUGAAAGCGGCGGAGGAGUCAAAACAAAUGGCUGAACAACAAGGACGACAAUGGGAGCAAGAGCUUCGUAUGUUUGAAGCUGAAAUUCGAAAUCGUGAAUCAAAUCAACCAGGCACUGAGGUGUUAAUGAACGCCUUGCAAGCAAUGCAAGAUAAAAAUUGUACACUAGAGAAAAAUCUUUCUGCAGAAACGAGAGUUAAGCUGGACUUAUUCUCAGCUCUAGGAGAUGCUAAACGACAACUUGAAUUAUCAGAAAAUCUUUAUCGCAGUAAGGAAGAUGAAGUUUUUGAUCUAAAAGCAAAAAUAGCUCAAUUGCUUGCCGUUAUGCCAACGGAUUCUCUAUGUUUGCCUGUUUGCAGUUCAACUGGUGCCAGUCAAAUGCUACGCAUGAACGACACACCACCAUUGCAAACGGGACCUGGACCGUCAUCGCCUAUGUUGAAUAGCUUAAGUGUUCAACAGGUUAACGGACCAGUAGGCCAUCAACUUAAUGCACGUCUUGCACCCAGUUCAGUCGGUGAAUAUGUGCAACAAGCGCCGCCCAGUUAUGUUACCAAUCAACAUCCGCAACAAUGUGCUGGUAUUGUGCCCGUAUCUGUUGCAACAGCUGUACUGGUGCCGGGUCCACCACCUGGCAAUGGCAGCUCAAACUUAGAUCCUAAUGCUACUGUUUAUACACCGAAAUGUGGACCUAAUUGCACACCUGGCGUUGUGGUCGUUUGUGGACCAAAUGAUGCCUGACUAAAUGCCUCAGCUUCGGCUGUCAAUCAUCUACUACGACGACACAUAUGAGAUUAUUAUUUUUAAUAUACAACAGUUGACAACCAUCAACAGUAACAAGAAAUUUUUUGUGCAGAUUUGGAGUCGGCAUAUUUAACAACAACAAUUUUUAAUUAAUUGUUUUAGGAUAUGCUGCAAAUGCACCAGUUGCAAUAAACUUAUUUAAAAAAAAUAUCAGCAGUUAUUAUAACUACAACAAUUAUACAAGAAACAAUAUUUAAAAGUAAUUUACAUGAAAUGAUAAUUAUAUUAAUAAAUAAUUGAAAUG